UCUGAAGAGUUCUUAUAACGGAUGAGACUACUUCAAACGUAGCUCUGCAUGUCCAUAUAAACAGAUUGUUAUUGUUUUGUAGUUAUUUACUUCAUAUUAACCAUGAGACGGAUACUGGCUGCAGCCCUGUGCCUCUCCACCCUCUUGGUGCAAGGGGAAGCGUUCAGCUGGCCUCACUGGGGCAAGUGUCGAGAGCUACCCGUGGUAGAAAAGUUUAAGUUUCAAAAAUACAUGUAUCACUGGUACGAACAAGCUGGCUACAAUACGGAGGCAACCAAUCAUGAUCUUCGAUGUCCUCAAAGCUUCUACCAGCCAGACACGACCACGGUAUUCACUAUACAGAGCAAGGCCGUAAGAAACAGGGAUAACAAAACGCAAGGUAUAAAUGGGACGGGUUUGCUGGCUGACCCCACCAAGGAUGAAGGAAGGAUGAUAGUAACCUUCCAUCCACACUGGUGGUCGACUGUGACAGGGAAUUACUGGGUACUAGGUACGGACUACAUCACCUACUCAGUAGUUUAUACUUGCGAAAAUUUCCUCUUCUUCUUUCAUUACGAUUCAAUUUGGUAUUUGAGUCGUCUACGAACUCUUCGGUCGAAGACAGAUUUCUUCACCUCUACCGACAGGAUUUUAUUGAUGAAUGGCCUGGACCCUACAAUCAUGCAAGGAGUAUCUCAGUCAAACUGCAAUGAUUAAGACUGUAUGUAGAUUACUAUGUCCAUAACAAAAGUUCUCUUUAAGCUAGCAGAUACCAAUAAAGUAUUGUGAAUAAUGCAAUGUGAUGCAAGAAACUGUCAAUGCAAUAAAAUAUUCUUUAUAUUCGCCUAA